AUGAUGGCGGCCGGCCUCUGCUGCAUGCGACCACACCAGAGGCCCAGCGGCGCCGCGCCAGGGCCGUCGCCCGGCAGGCUGCCCGGCGGAGGGGGGCCGAGGAUCAUCGAGGAGGAGCCCCCCCUGACUUUCUGCGGCGGGCUGGCCGCGAGCCUCUCCCAG